GAGGCGUCCGUGUUCCCAGCAGAGCCGGCACCAUGGGGCUCCCCAGGAUCACCCUGGGAAUGUGUCUGCUGCUGGGCCGCGUCCUCCACGCAGUUACACAAGUAACAGAAGACGUGACGGUGAUCUCGUCUAGGGAGACGUCUGUGCCAACCGGUUUCUUCGCGGGUCUCCUGGGAACGGAGGACACCUCUGCUUCGGCUGGGCGGUGGGCCACGCAGACUGAAGGCUAUGACUACGGCUUGCCGCUGAGGCUGGUGAACGGCGCGGACCGGUGCCAGGGCCGGGUGGAGGUCCUGUACCAGGGCCUGCCCAGCUGCCCCCACGGCGGCUGGUACAACCACGCGUGCGGACACAGGGAAGACGCCGGCGUCCUGUGCUCAGCUUCUCUGCUUUCCACGGAGGAGACCCUGACAGCAACCACGGAAGCUACUCAGGCCUCCACAUCCUGGCCAGACGCAUGGACAACUCCAUCCACAACUGCCUCUCCUCAAACAACAACAGAUUUCGGGACCGAAUCGGCUCUGGCCCUGAGGCUGGUAAAUGGCGGUGACCGGUGUCAAGGCCGCGUGGAGGUCCUCUACCGAGGUUCCUGGCGCACCGUGUGUGACGACGGGUGGGACACCAACGACGCCAACGUGGUGUGCAGGCAGCUGGGCUGUGGCUGGGCCAGGUCGGCCCCAGGAAGUGCCCGGUUCGGACAGGGCUCAGGCCCGAUCGUGCUGGACGAUGUGGGCUGCUCAGGGCACGAGUCCUACCUGUGGAGCUGCCCACACAGGGGCUGGAACUCGCACACCUGUGGGCACGGAGAGGACGCCGGCGUCAUCUGCUCAGCUGCUCAGCCCUCCACAUCCUGGCCAGACGCAUGGACAACACCUUUCACAACUGCCCCUACUCAAACAACAACAGGAUUCGGGACCGAUUCGGAUUUGGCCCUGAGGCUGGUGAAUGGCGGUGACCGGUGUCAGGGCCGCGUGGAGGUCCUCUACCGAGGUUCCUGGGGCACCGUGUGUGACGACGGGUGGGACACCAACGACGCCAACGUGGUGUGCAGGCAGCUGGGCUGUGGCUGGGCCAGGUCGGCCCCAGGAAGUGCCCGGUUCGGACAGGGCUCAGGCCCGAUCGUGCUGGACGAUGUGGGCUGCUCAGGGCACGAGUCCUACCUGUGGAGCUGUCCACAUAAUGGUUGGAACUCCCACAACUGUGGGCACGGAGAGGAUGCCGGCGUCAUCUGCUCAGCUGCUCAGACCACCACAUCCUGGCCAGAUUUAUGGACAACUCCUUUCACAACUGCCUCUACUCAAACAACAACAGGAUUCGGGACCGAUUCGGAUUUGGCCCUGAGGCUGGUGAAUGGCGGUGACCGGUGUCAGGGCCGCGUGGAGGUCCUCUACCGAGGCUCCUGGGGCACCGUGUGUGACGACAGUUGGGACACCAACGACGCCAACGUAGUGUGCAGGCAGCUGGGCUGUGGCUGGUCCAUGUCGGCCCCAGGAAGUGCCCGGUUUGGACAGGGCUCAGGCCCGAUCGUGCUGGACGACUUGGGCUGCUCAGGGCAUGAGUCCUACCUGUGGAGCUGCCCGCACAGGGGCUGGAACUCCCACAACUGCAACCACGGAGAGGACGCUUGUGUCAUCUGCUCAGAUACUCAGGCCUCCACAUCCUGGCCAGAUGCAUGGACAACUUCUUCCACAACUCCAACCACAACUGCCUCUACUCAAACAACAACAGGAUUCCGGACCGAUUCGGAUUUGGCCCUGAGGCUGGUAAAUGGCGGUGACCGGUGUCAGGGCCGCGUGGAGGUCCUCUACCGAGGCUCCUGGGGCACCGUGUGUGACGACGGGUGGGACACCAACGACGCCAACGUGGUGUGCAGGCAGCUGGGCUGUGGCUGGGCCAUGUCGGCCCCAGGAAGUGCCCGGUUUGGACAGGGCUCAGGGGGCUGGAACUCCCACAACUGCAACCAUGGAGAGGACGCUGGUGUCAUCUGCUCAGCUGCUCAGACCACCACAUCCUGGCCAGAUGCAUGGACAACUCCUUCCACAACUGCCUCUCCUCAAACAACAACAGGUUUCGGGACCGAAUCGGCUCUGGCCCUGAGGCUGGUGAAUGGCGGUGACCGGUGUCAGGGCCGCGUGGAGGUCCUCUACCGAGGCUCCUGGGGCACCGUGUGUGACGACAGUUGGGACACCAACGACGCCAACGUGGUGUGCAGGCAGCUGGGCUGUGGCUGGGCCAUGUCGGCCCCAGGAAGUGCCCGGUUUGGACAGGGCUCAGGCCCGAUCGUGCUGGACGACUUGGGCUGCUCAGGGCAUGAGUCCUACCUGUGGAGCUGCCCGCACAGGGGCUGGAACUCCCACAACUGCAACCACGGAGAGGACGCUGGUGUCAUCUGCUCAGAGGCUCAGCCAGGACCCUACCCCAGGCCAUGGACUUGGCCUGGGUCCUUGUGCCGUCCUCUAGGUUUCGGGACCGAAUCGGCUCUGGCCCUGAGGCUGGUGAAUGGCGGUGACCGGUGUCAAGGCCGCGUGGAGGUCCUCUACCGAGGCUCCUGGGGCACCGUGUGUGACGACGGGUGGGACACCAACGACGCUAACGUGGUGUGCAGGCAGCUGGGCUGUGGCUGGGCCAGGUCGGCCCCAGGAAGUGCCCGGUUUGGACAGGGCUCAGGCCCGAUCGUGCUGGACAACGUGGGCUGCUCAGGGCACGAGUCCUACCUGUGGAGCUGCCCGCAUAAUGGCUGGAACGUGCACAACUGCAACCACGGGGAGGACGCCGGAGUCAUCUGCUCAGCUGCUCAGACCACCACAUCCUGGCCAGACGCAUGGACAACUCCUUCCACAACUCCAUCCACACCUGUUGCUCUUCAAACAACAACAGGAUUCGGGAACGACUCGGGUUUGGCCCUGAGGCUGGUGAACGGCAGUGACUCAUGUCAGGGCCGCGUGGAGGUCCUCUACCAAGGCUCCUGGGGCACCGUGUGUGACGAUGGGUGGGACAUCAACAAUGCCAACGUGGUGUGCAGGCAGCUGGGCUGUGGCGAGGCCAGGUCGGCCCCAGGAAGUGCCUGGUUCGGAAAGGGCUCAGGCCCGAUCGUGCUGGACGACGUGGGCUCUGCUCAGCCUUCUACAACCUGGCCAGCCGCGGGGGCCUGUGGGGGCUUCCUGUCCCGGCCCUCGGGGCGCUUCUCCAGCCCGUCCUACCCCGGGAGCUACCCCAACAACGCCCGCUGCGUGUGGGACAUAGAGGUCCAGAACAACCACCGCGUGACCGUCGUCUUCAGAGACGUGCAUACAACUCCCCCUGCCCGGGUGGUGCGCCCUGUGCUCUGGGUCACCAGCAUCUCCUCUGUCCCGGCAGCCGCGGGGGCCUGUGGGGGCUUCCUGUCCCGGCCCUCGGGGCGCUUCUCCAGCCCGUCCUACCCCGGGAGCUACCCCAACAACGCCCGCUGCGUGUGGGACAUCGAGGUCCAGAACAACCACCGCGUGACCGUCGUCUUCAGAGACGUGCAGCUGGAGAGCAACUGUAACUACGACUACAUCGAGGUGUUCGACGGCCCCGCCCUCAGCUCCCCGCUCAUCGCCCGGGUCUGCCACGGCUCAAGGGACUCCUUCACGUCGUCCUCCAACUUCAUGUCCAUCCGCUUCGUCAGCGACGGCAGCGUCACCCGCAGCGGGUUCCAGGCCGAAUACUACUCCCGUCCCUCCAACCACAGCACCAAGCUGCUCUGCCUGCCGGACCGGAUGCAGGCCAACGUGAGCCGGAGCUACCUGCAGUCCCUGGGCUACUCGGCCAGCGACCUGGUCAUCCCCCACUGGAACGACGUGCAGCAGUGUCAGGCCCAGGUCACGGCGAGCCAGGUGACCUUCACCAUCCCCUACGCGGGCUGCGGCACCACCCAGCAGCUGGAUAACGACACCAUCACCUACUCCAACACCCUCCAAGCAGCCAUCCCCGUCGCGAACGGCCUCAUCCAGAGGCGGCCGAGCCUGCACCUCCACGUGAGCUGCCGGAUGCUGCGGGACACCUGGGUGGACCUCAUGUACGUGGCCAACGACAACGCCGAGGUCCAGGAAGUGCAGUACGGCAACUUCGCCGUCAACAUGUCCUUCUACACGUCGUCCUCGUUCGCAUACCCCGUGACCACGCACCCCUACUACGUGCGCUUGAACCAGGACCUGUACGUUCAGGCCGAGAUCCGCCGCGCCGACGCCUCCAUGGCCCUGUUCGUGGACACCUGCGUGGCGUCGCCGUCCUCCGAGGACGUGCCCUCUGUGGCCUACGACCUCAUCCGGAGCGGGUGCGUGAGGGACGACACCUACCAGGCCCUCCCCGCGCCCGAACCCGGCCUCGCCCGCUUCAAGUUCCGCUCCUUCCACUUCCUGCACCGCCUCCCCGCCGUGUACCUGCACUGCAAGGUGCUCGUGUGCAGGGCCCACGACCCCGUCUCCCGCUGCCGCAGUGGCUGCCAGCCCAGGCCCAAGCGAGACCUGGGCUCCUACCAGGAGAAGGUGGACGUGGUCCUGGGCCCUAUCCGGCUGCAGGCGCCAUAGCCCGGGAGAGGAGGAGCCUGGGUAGGUGGUCGCCCUUGACCCGCCGCCCCCCGCCAC